AUGUUCACUCUAGGUUGGGGGUUAGAUGGGGCAGCGUGGGUGUGGCGGAGGCUGUUGAGGGCUUGGGAGGAGGAGAUGUUGGGGGAGUGUCAGAGUUUACUUUCUAACAUGUCAUUGCAGGCACAUAUUACAAACAGGUGGCAGUGGCAGCCAGAUCCUGAUAUAGGUUAUAGUGUUCGGGGAGCUUAUGAGCUUUUGACUACCAUUGAUUCAGUUACUAUAGAUGAUGCGGAUCACCUCAUUUGGCAUUCUCAGGUCCCUUUGAAGGUCUCCAUCUGUGCGUGGCGCUUAUUGCGGGACAGGUUGCCUACAAAGUCAAACCUGAUUUCUCGAGGCAUUCUGUCUUCUGCAGCACAUUUAUGCAUUUCUGGAUGUGGGGAAGCAGAGUCAGCUUAUCACUUAUUCAUCUCAUGCCGCUGUUUUGGUUCCCUUUGGGCUUUAGUGUGCACUUGGAUUGGCAUCCCAUCGACGAGUUCUACUUCUAUUCGGGAUCAUUUCGUUCAGUUCACUUAUUCAGCUGGUGGAUCUCGAGCACGUCGGUCUUUUCUGCAGCUUGUUUGGCUCGCUAGCGUGUGGGUUAUUUGGACAGAAAGAAAUCAUAGAUUGUUUACAGGCUCAAUUAGUACUCCUCUUCAGAUGAUGGACAAGAUCAAGCUUUUUUCCUAUAGGUGGUUGAAGAUGACGAGUGUUACUCUAGUUUCAAACUACCAUAGUUUGUGGUCUAGUCCCUUGUUAUGUUUGAGUCUUGUAUGA